CGGACUUAUCAUUUUAGAACUACUUUGUUGUAGUGGAAUGUUGGAUAUCGCUGCAGAUGACACAGCUGUCAGCAGGCUUCAAUUCGAAGUAAACAGAGAGACGUCCCGACGAAAAAACUCUGUAUAAUUUCUUCGGCGUUUCAGUCUACCGUACAAGAAAACGAUCACCAUGAACAGCGUGGGUUCAGAAUGUAACGACAUGAAGAGGGACUACGACCAGUGCUUCAAUAAGUGGUUCUCUGAAAAGUUCUUGAAGGGCGACCGAGCGGACGAGGCGUGCACGCCUCUCUUCAAGAAGUACCAGUCUUGCGUCAAGAAAGCAAUGAAGGAAAAGGACAUAAACGUCGAGGAUGUGGAAAGAACUAUUCUGGGUACAAACAGUGAGCCACAGAAACCGCCCUCUGCGAAACCAUCCAGCGAAGAGUCCACAUCAACAUCUGGAACUUCCUAACAAUGGAACCUUCCUUCAGACUUUAAACUACACAUGAGAUUACUUAAAUGUAGAUAGCUGAUGGAAGGAAUACAGUGUUUUAAGCAAUGUCAGGGAUUGACUUUGUUUUUUGUAAGGGUACUCUUUGUACUAUGAAUUGAAAAGUGGAAAUACCAUGACUGUGCAAGUGAAGAACACCUUGUUAUGUCCAGGCACCUGUGGGUCGUUUGAGGACACAAGUCUUUGUCAAGACAGAAAGCAUGGUGGUGAUUACAUGUAUUUAAGGGAGACAACUUGAUGUCUUGAGUACUGCUCCAAGCAAGGGUAUGUUCUAUGGUUUGGACUGUGGUUCAAGUUUUUUCCAAUUAGCGCUGUGUACCAAAACAAUUUUUGUGUACAGGUAUACAGGUAAUGGGUUUAGGUACAGUUCUGUGGUCCAUUUAAUAUCUAUAACUUAAGUACCCAAGUUUGCAACUGUUCUUUUAUUGGUAAAUUGUCAUCUUUGUAUGAGAAUUUUACAUAUUUGAGAAUCAAAACAAUCUUCAACUGGCAGGUGAUAAAAAUUGUUACAUUUUGUACAGAUUACCUUCACUAGAAGGUUAUAUUCACAAAGUAGGGUUUAUUUAUCUUGAGGCUUUUUAUUUAUAGUGCUCUACUAGUAGUCUGUUCAGAUACAAGUGCAGGUACACCUGGUGUUCAGUUCUGGACCUGUAUGUAUACAAUUUUACAGGUACAGGUACAUGUACAUAGCCCUAUUUCCAACAGCUUUCAGGGAAUAAUGUGGCAAGAGUACCAUUCUACAAAGCAACCUUGAGUAUCCUCUUGAAUCAUUCUAACUUAAUCUAAGGGUACACACAACUGUAGGUUACAUUUUGCAGUGAAACCUGACCAGCCAACCACCUGGCACAGUCAACCACCAUCAGUAUCAAGCCAAUGGAAACAGUCCUGUCCAAUUUUACAGGAAGUUAAGACCCUCUUCUAAAGCUAAGGGCACUACCCGCCGCACAUGCAAUUUGUCCGUACGUUUUUUUUUUAGGCCACGUCUGCCAUGUAUUUCUGAAAAUACAUGUCUGCGUGCUUCAAAAUCCAUUGGAUUCCCUACGUGUUCGUACGGAGGCGGUACUUACCACUUACGGAUCCCAAAAGAUUGCCCACAUUUUGGCACGUAUUUGCACCUACAGUGGGUUGUGCCCUUAGCUUUACCAACCGUAUUACCCAGCCUAGCAUCCACAUGUAUCAGAUUUUCUGCUUCUCUUGCAUCUUACUCUUAGUUAGGAGAUUUGGUAGGAAAAGGGUUGGCAAAGCUGUAGUGUAGUAAUACUAGUAUAUUACAAAUGAUUCUGUACAGUUUUAUAAUGAGAUGGAAAGACACGUUUUCUCUGAAUGUCUUUAUUGUUCUCAGACUUGAGGGGGAAGUAGUAGCCAUGAUUUAUUUUGUUUGCCUCUUGAAUUCUAUUUUGAAUUAUCUAUAGAUUUUAGAUAUAUCGUUUCUGCUUGGUACUAGUAUGUUUGAAAUUGAAAGGAGAAUAUAUUACUAGUAAGUCAAAUGUUUUUUAAGAAAUAAGCAAGUAUGAAAUGAAAACACAACUUAAGCAAUUAUUACGGCAAAUUUAAUUUGGUAUGCAAGCACUUGAAAAUGUGAAUUUCUUGUUACCACAUAUUGCAAUAUACAUACUUCCUUAUUUACCAAAGAGAUAGGAUGGUAUAUGAUUAUUGUGCAUUACAUUAAGGGUUGCUUCCAAAUAACUCUGUAUCAGAUGCAAUUAUUGUGACAAGACAAUAAAUAUUAUUGGUUGUUUAACAGGUACCACAAUUGCUUUCCUGGUUUCUUCUAGCCUGUGCAACACAAUAUUUUUAGGGCUUUAAAAUAGGUACUACAUGUACUAGCCAGUUAGUAAUACAGGCAGUUAGGAGCAAGUUGCAGGACUUAAUCAGUCUCUGUUCUUUUUCUUUCUUGUGACCUGAGAGGGUGUUAACACAGUAGCUGAUGCAAUAUUCAUACAGAAUCUAGAAGCUGUACUAACACUUGUUUCUUUUGGAAAGACUUUUAAUUAAGGAUUGCAAAGACGGAAAAGAUCACUAAAUGUCUUACUGUAUGUUAUCGCUAAACCUGAGUAAAUGGAGAGAUUACAAU